AAGCAUGGCGUGCAUCGGCACUCCCUUCCGUUAUCGAUCAGUCGCGUGGUAGCGGUUGUAGCCCGUCGUGUCAUGGAGGAUCUCCUGCUGCAGAUCAUAAGGGAGUCGAACAAUGCGAGGCUACAAAAUUUACGAAAAUCGGCGCAGGAAGCGCACGAUUUUUUGGAGAAGCAGCAGGGUUUGUUGCGAGACCCACCGCACGAACUGCGCGCGAAAUGCUUACAUACGUUUCAGCUAGCAUUGGAAAGCAACAGAAGCAAAUUUGUUGCUUUUGGACUUGCGGGAUUGCACAAAAUGUUAAGAGACGACAGAUUCCAAUCACCCUACGAGCCAGAAGAUGAUUCGUUAUGGUUGCCUGCACAAAUGUUGCAUGCCAUGAGCUCCAUCGUCUCUCAAUCCGAUGACACACAGACGGACAUGCUCAAGGUUUUAUUACAAGUCGCCUGCUCUCCUUAUUGGACUAUGAACGGCCGUUUGAUCAUCGCUAUACUGACUACUUGUUGCGAGGCGUUCGAGAAUGGCAAUCAAGCUGUGCGUACAGCCGCACAGGCUGCAACCAGUCAAACAUUACGCUCGUUUUGUCUGUUUUUAGACGAGGAGUGCCAGGAGAUGGACGAGAAUGCUAAACGGAACAAAAACGUGCGUGAGCGAGGUGUUUCGUGUUUCAACGAGGCACUGCCAAUUUUGCAGUACAUCUGCAGCAAAUUGGACGAGGCCCAGAAGAAAUCCUGUUCCAGCAACGGUAGAAACGGCAGCACUGUGGUCUUCCUAUUGGAGUGCUUGCACACGCUCAUAUCGUCGCUACCGCAAAAGAUUCAUACCAACGCACACUUUACGACUUUCUUAUGGCAGAAGUUCUGUCCCGCCUUGAUAGCUUUUCUGGGCACUCCCCGCGUAGAUAAGACCUUUACCUCCCGCGAGGGAAAAGAGAACGAGAUUGGCAGAGGCUCCGGAUACUUGGCCACGUCGUUGAGUUUCGACAGUCAUCAAGCUAAAACAGUUUACAGCAUUGGCACGGAAUUAGUAAGAUUGGUAGGAUGCGUCGGUCCAUUGCGACCAGUUUUGGAAUCGGUUUUCCAUAGAAUGUUGCUAUAUCCACCGCCGCAGCAGCGUUUAGAACCCUUGAAAGCAUUAAAGGAAUUACUGCGUAGUCCCAGUCGCAUGGUUGAUUUUGCUGGACCGUUACUUGUAGAAGAAGAUCGGUCGAGCCAUAUACAAAGUGACAUGGCACUAAUGAGACUAGCCAUGGACUCGAUAGAAGAAUCGACAGCAGGUGGACUGGCUAUAUUGCACGCGAGUGUCUCUUGCGUUGUCGCCAUGCUAUCUGCGCUUCAAGAACUUUGUGAGGGCAAGGCUAUUAAUCAUAAUUAUACGUGCACGAUUAAUAGUUUGUAUGAAGAUUUAGAAUCCUGUGAUUAUCGCGGACCUCUGACUUAUCAAAGCAUGGCACGAUUACCAAAAACAUAUAGGGAACAAUUGGAAUUAAUGAAGAAAGGUAUGGGUUCGGACUCUGACUCAUCCGGGCAUGGACCGUCAGAAGACGGCGAUUCAACUGACACUGAAGGUCCACAAAACGAAUCGGAUGAGGUUCAAGAAAACAGUCAUGACGAUAACGAUUGUACAACGGAGAAUGAAUACGAGAAAAUGAGAUUGAAAAAAUUACCCAAGUGUCUUCAUGUAGGUCGACAAGUGGCCGACGAAUGCAAUGUGGAUGUAGAGAGACACAACGCCAGGCGAUUCGUGAAAACGCUUAGAUCCGAUCUCAUACCGAUGGUUCUCACUUUGCGAAGUAACAUAGAAGUGGACGAGGCGUUGCAAAACUUUGCAUCUGAAUACUGUCAAGGGGUGUUUGUAGCUCAACAGAAGAUGCAAGAACAAGCUGACCAUAGUAUAGAUUCAUGUGCGUUAAUCACGAUCAUGAAUGCUGACGGAAUUUAUCUGGCGACGUAUGCAGCAUUGCUUCUCAAUCUGAAAUUAAUCCAAAUAAAUUAUUAUCAUGAGGAAGGUCGGCAAAUUCCAAUCAGCGAGGAGCGAUUUGUGGAGGAGGUGCAUGGAUCGGGUGUGCUAGUUUAUCUCUCAGCUACGUGGCUCUCCGAAUUGUAUCAACAAGUUCUCGCAUGCAAUUUACUUGAGAAGUGUGGUUAUAAUCCUAGCUCCACGGAAAAUAACGCAUUAGUUAAUGUUCUCACGGAUGUGGAUGGCAUACCUGGCAGUCACAGAGGCGGACAAUUGCUUUCUGAUUACAUAAGAUUGGAACGAGCUCAGCUUUCUCGAAGUGAACCAACUUCGGAAGCGGAGGCUGGCGCAAAACUGUCCCGAAGAGUGCUGACUUGUUGCUGGGGUAGUAUGAUGACGGUUCUCACGACGGGGCUGAAUCCUCCUAAGGAGGAAACCAAUAAAGGCAUUCUAAACAGAGACGGUGGCAGAAGAGGAGUUAGAGACACGGUCGUCUUGGCGCUUGAAGGUCUUCAUAAGGCUGCCACGUUAAGCAACGUACUUGGUUUACAAAAUCGUUGCGGUUCCAUUUUUGCCCUUCUCGCGAAGGCCGCUUGUACGGAACAAUCUAUUUCGAAGAUUACUCGCAAAAAGGACGUUCUUCGACUUAAACUGCAGAACAAAGCGACCAACCUCCACACAUCUCACGCUCUUAGUAUGGAUGUGCUUCUAGGAAGAGGUCUGGAACUAGGCAGUCAUGGUAGCGAUUGUUGGCCGCAUGUUUUUACGUGUUGCCUGUACGUGAGCAAGCUGGAACAUGACUUCUUCGGAAGGAAUCAAAAUCCUUCACUGCCCAAAGUCUCUCAGAAAAAGGAAAAGAAAGACGCUGCGAAUGCCGAUGCUAAAAACAGUCAAGAUAGGCUUCGAUUAAAUUUCAACAUUGUCGAUGAUGAGGAAUCUUGCGUGGACGUUUAUAGUUUUCUAUCGAGUCCCUACACGCAAAAUCCCACUUCAGACACGAUACCGGAGAUUAUUCAAGAAUCAAAUGCCGACAGUCAAUUUAAUGGCAUUUUACCAGCGGACUAUGCCGCCAAGAUUAUUUGUGUGCUAUCACAGCAAGUCGAUAGACUUUUCGAGGAUGCGGCACUUAAACUAAAUCUCAGAGCGCUUUGCUCGUUUCUCAUGGCUCUCUGUAAGGCCAGCAAGGCCCAAUUGUUCAAAACCACUGAUGGCUGCAAAGACAAUAAAAGGUUUUGGUGGAGACGAAAUAAACCGAGGGAAAAUGAGAUGAACGUGUUGCUUUUGGCUCGUUUAGGCGAAGUUAUGCUGAAGUGUGUAAAGAGUGGCAGGCCUUUGAUACAUAUAAUGGGGGUAUGGACCAUUUUGGGACCACACUUCAUGGAGGCGGCUUGUCACGAGGACCGUAGUAUUUCGAAGAAAGCCGUUCAAUGCAUUCACGAUUCCAUGGCGGCCUUGUUAAACGAACAAAUAGAGCUUCCGCAUUUUCACUUUAACGAGGCGCUUUUCAAGCCUUUCGAAAAUCUUUUAUGUCUCGAACUCUGUGAUAGCGACGUGCAAGAUCAAAUUGUCAGUUGCAUCUGCGAGUUCGUUGAAACGAAUCGUACGGAGAUACGUUCAGGUUGGCGUCCGCUCUUCGGCGCGCUCCGAGUGGCGUCGGUCAACAAUUCGGAUUCGGUAGAAUCAGCACCUUUGCUAGAAGUUUUCAGAGUCUUCCUCUCGACGGACAACACAUUGGUCUUCGCUAAUGCCGCCUUGGACUGUAUUUUGUGCCUGCUAAAACACGUAAGAGGUAUCGGUGACAACGAAGCUCAAUCCGAAGAGACUGAUAGCAUCGAUAGCGCAGAAUCGAGAAGAAUGCGACUCUGCGUGGAAAGUUUGAAGUAUCUGCUGAGUUGCAGCGAUAUUCUGUCGUCGAUGUAUCGCAUGCCGGCCUGCCCGAUCUUCCAUUCCGCUCAGCGAAUUCAAGUCUCCACGAUUCCGCAAUACGUGGACCCAAUCAUUCCGAAUCUCGAGCUGACCAGAUUCGACAAGCACAUCGAGUCGAUACAAGAAAUGAUGCCGGAUAAAGCGUACGACGCGCUGACUCCGUUAAUUGACAAAGACGCUCAUCCUAUCGCUACGUUGCAAAGCAUGGACAAGCCUAGUGGUAUCCUCAGGGUCUGGUACAUUCUUAUCGAAGGCCUGGCAAGCGCAACUAUGAUCUGUCCAAAGCGUUAUCAACCGCACACCCUGGAAACCUUAUUCCAUCUGUUGCGCGACAUUUUGAACGUACCUGGACCGGCGUUUGGACUCUACUGCGUUAAUCACCUGCUAUUGCCUAUGGUGCAAAAUUGGCUGAGGAAAACGUCCAAGAUCUUUCGCGGAUGGGACAACUUUGCGCCCAAUUUCAAACAGUGUUGCGGUCUCACGACGGAUCUCGUGGUCGAUUAUUUGACGAACUUGCAAGGUCCAGAGGUCGUCAGAAACGAUGCCUAUUUACCUGCCACGACGCUGAUGUUGAAACAGCUUUUGUUAGUGAUGGCGGAAUGCGUGGUACAGCCUACGGAGAGCAUAGCCCGUCUCGGUUGCGCUUGCAUCAGACACAUCCUCGUGAGCAGCGGACCACUUCUCACCCCGGAACAAUGGGAGGUCUGCGGUGUCGCGUGCUACCGCGCCUGUUCAAAUUCGUUGCAGGAGCUGCACCAGCUGACCAUGGCUUUCUCGCCCAGGUCGGAAUCUUUUUACGGAGACGUCGCCCAGGUGAAGGUCGCGGCGCGCCGAGACGCGACACCGGAAGAAACGGAACGGUUGCGGCAACUCGCCGCUCAGGUGUUCCUUCUCGAGGAACAAACACGGGUCGAAGAUGCUUUGCGAUCAUCUGACGAAAGGUCGUACGUGUUCCUUUUGUACCCUCCUGCCGUAGGCGCUACUCUCAAUCCCGAUCUUUACAUCGUUAGAGUCCAGUUGCGUGCAUUGGUAGUCGGACUUUUGGUACAUCAGAUGCUGCUUCAUUGCAUUGCGAGUGUUCUUCUUCAGGGUACCGGCCCCUCAAUUUCAAGUUUGUCUCACGUGAUUCCACAUUCGACGCCGUGCAGUUCGCCUAAUCCUAACGCCAAACGGGGUUUCCUGUCUCAUCUGAAUCCGCAUCACGUGGAGAUUUUCCUUUCUGCCCUGGACUUUUCAUACGUUGCCGCACUGAAGUUCGAUUGCCGGCCGGGCUUGAAAUUCUUAGUGCAAAAGGUGGCGAAUCUCGAGCAACCGGCGAAUCUAUAUCGCCAAGCGGCCGCUGCUUGGACCAUUAAGAUCAUCACGUUGUUCGAGCUGUGUUUACGAGAAGUAGAGGAGCUUCACGCGAGUCUGGAAUUGGUGAAGACGAUUUUGGGCACAGGACUGGGCGACAGAGAAUGUGUCUACGACAUCAAGCAUCGAAAACUCAACAAAUAUCUACGGCAACUCCGUACGACUUUCGAUGAGCUUUGCGAGACUUAUGUUGAAGUAGUUCUUGACGAGGACGGCAGGUACACCAAGGUCGACAGUUUCGCAGAGAGGAAGAUAUUCUUGCUGGUGGCGCAGCCCGAUGAUUAUCCUGAGAUUACUAGGAAAGAGCCCAUUAAUGGUCGUCUUGUCACCAGUACUUUCGUCGAGUCGUCGGAGAAAGAAGAUACCAGUACCCGUCAAGAUCAGCCUGAUGGUGAUGAGGAAGAUGAGCAGGAUGAUCCGGACGACGUGUACAAUCCAAACUUGGAUGACGAGAGCGGCUUGGAGGAACUUGGAGCUGAGAGCGAAAAUGAUCCGAGACCUUUCAGAUUGUCUGAUCUGGCCGCAGAAUAUUCAACUGAUUCUGGUCCACAGUCUGAACCGGAAACCGACGACUCUAGACCGGUGUCCAGAUUAGGAUCGGUCACGGAGAAGAUUGUUUACUUCGAUCGCUCGGGUGGAACUUCCAGCGAGGGUUACAUUGAUGCCAAAUAUAAUUCCGCGACUCCGGCGCUUCCCAAGAUGUAUUCUCGUGACGACUUCUCUUACAAGUUUGAUUCGCAUUGGAAAACAGAGUCAAUUUCUGUGAGAAAUUCCAUGGCUGAUAUGAAGACGCUAAAUCGAAAUUCGUUUUCCGACGAAGGCUUUUUACACAAAAAAUCAUUUUCGGAAAGACGUGGUAGCGAUGUAGGUCCAUUAUCCAGGCGGAAAUCUUUGACGUUUGUUAUGGUGGCAGAUCUUGAGAAUGAAGAUAAGUCUUUGCCGGCCGAUUCCGUGGAUUCCCGACCAAAGUCGGUGAUGGAGGUGCGCAGAAUACCCGCUUGGACGAUGUCCGAUGAGGGACGAUGUCCUUCUAGCGAGCCUCGCGAAGCAGAAGAAAGCAUUAAAGAGGAGGACAAAAAGAAUUCUAAAUCCUCACAGGUCCUUGACAAUAUAGAUGAAUUACUGCGCGAUUAUGAACGUAGUAAGCGUGGUUUUAGAAUAAAUCCCUUUUUGCGGGACGAAGAAGAGGCGUCUAGAGUCGAGAGUCAACCAAUCGUUAAUCAAGAAGUGCAGAGACGAACCGUUAAUAAAGACAGCGAAGCUCAUAGGAAAGCUUGGGCAGACACUUUGAGCACUGCAUUGGAAUGGGCUUUAGCUUUGCCAGAUGAACAAUUGGCACCGUUGCUUCCGGUUUUCGUACGCGGUGUGCGAAUAUUGACUAGGCAUGCGGUAGAUCAAAGCCUGAAACAACGUCUCUCAGCCCUCUUUCAUCGUAUCGCUGUACUUUAUGGAUUGACAAAUAAUUAAUAGCGAUUGAAUUUAGGUACGCGAUAGCGGCCUUAGUUGUAAGACUUUUCAAAAGAUGAAGAAAGAAUGAUUUAACACGCUUGACUUACACUUUUCAAGUUUUUUAUUAUUACUGUGAUAGACACGCAAAAUCGAAAGAAAAAGUAGGAAGAAGAUAGAGAAUUUACCAAGAUAUUUUAUUCGUAACUUUUGAUCAAUUAAGAUAUACUCAAUGAGUAUACAAGUAUAAAUUAAAUUCAAAAAAAGAAUACGAUGUUUCUGUUAUCAUGUAGAUUUCCAUUUUUUUCCGUAUAUAUACUGACGCGACGACACGUCGGAGACAAGGAUUUUAUUUACGAUCCAUUCUGCAUGCACAUCUCUCGAUUCUCAUUUUAUGCUCUUUGCGCUUAACUGUAGUUUGCGGUACGGUCAUAGUGAUGGGUGUAUCGAAUUUUUGCUUCCAACGCGUAAAGCUUAAAAACACGAGCGACGAAUGAAAGGUGUCUCGCGGCGAACGCGACACAAGUGAUAUGGUGACACUUCUCUGUUCACUUAUCAAGAUUUCUAAAAG